AUGCCACCUGUGUUCGUAUUCUCUUGCGAGUUCCCGCCAGGGAACAGAUUAAUCAUAUCAUUUGAAUGCAACCUUACGCAACAUUCGAUAAUUUUCUGCACGAAUAAUUUUCUUGAAACCGUUAAAAAACAUCCUCGAUGUAAUUUUUUUUUUCAAUUUAGAAUAGCAUUCAGAGGAUCUCGGUUACUGACUUGGAACUGCAAGGAUCCCGAUUGUCCACUAUAUAAUAAUCAGAAGCAAGGAUGUUUUUCUAAGCUUGUCUCUGACAUAUACCAUAAAAUGCCGGAGAAUGUAAAGUCGUAUCUAAAGGCUGCAACGUCAAUUAAUGGAAACGACCUAGAAGUAAAUAAUGAUUUUCGGCACGUGACAGAUUCUCUUUUAACGCGUGGAGAAAACCAUGGGCAGUUACAGUUGCAUGCAGAUACAAACACUUAUUCUGGAAAUUAUACAAACGAAUUUGAUCAAAGCUUGGACCCAAACAACUUUCAAGAGGAACCUGUCUCUAUGACUCAGGAAGAGGAAUUCAUAUUUAUAACUCAGGAAGGAGAAAUUAUCUUUGUGACUCGGGAAGAAAUGAACCGCUAUGAGGCCUUGGAAGACCAUGAGGCCUUGGAAGACCACCAUGAGGCCUUGGAAGACCAUUAUGAGGCUUUGGAAAACUAUUACACUGUGGAUGAG